GCCUCUUUGGCUUCGUGAUCCUCUCCCUUCUGCUGGUGCCCAUGUACUACAUCCCUGCCGGCUCCUUCAGUGGGAACCCUCGAGGGACGCUGGAGGACGCACUGGACGCCUUCUGCCAGGUGGGCCAGCAGCCGCUUAUCGCCCUGGCACUGCUGGGCAACAUCAGCAGCAUCUCCUUCUUCAACUUUGCGGGCAUCAGCGUCACCAAAGAACUGAGCGCCACCACCCGCAUGGUGCUGGACAGCUUGCGUACCGUAGUCAUCUGGGCACUGAGCCUGGCGCUGGGCUGGGAAGCCUUCCACCCACUGCAGAUCCUGGGCUUCCUCAUCCUCCUGAUGGGUACCGCCCUGUACAACGGGCUGCACCGCCCACUGCUGACCUGCCUAUCCAGGCGACAGUCCCCAGGAGAGGAGGGCGAACGCCAGGGACUGCUGAGUGGCUCCCGGACUCCCAUCAACGAUACUAGCUGAGCCUCCCUUGGGGCCUCUGCUGCCACCCGGGUGCUCCUUCUCCACCCCUGGGCGAGCCCACACAGGUUGGUGGGCCUUGAGUGCCCUGUCCUCUCCCUACAGACUCCCAGAGCAGCUGCUGCCACAGAAGAUGAUGUGACACCCAAGUCCUCUUUCCUCACCACCACCUGCAAGGUGAUGUUGCCCAGCCCCCACAGGCCUGAGUGUGGUGUCGUGACCCAACCCUCUGAUCCCCUCCUGCAACACUAGAGCUAAAUCAUGAAGUUGAAUUGCAGAAAUUUACAACCCUAGCAUUUCUGAAUCAUAAACUAGAUCAUCACAAUAGAUUAUCUGGCUUAUGAGUCAUAUGCUAGAUUUGGUUCUCCAAAGAAGGGAAGCAGUGAGCAAGUUCAAACCAGAACUAAUCACUGUAUUUUCUAAAACUUGUAAGAUAUUCCCUGACCCUGUCUGGAAACCUGGGUUUCAGCCCAGACUCUGCCAUACACUCAAUGUAUGCUCCCCAGUACAUUACGUAGUCACUCUGGGCCUUGAUGCAGUGCUCUGGAAAGUAGGUGUCGCUGCCAUGGCCUUUGGUGCCUUCUGGCCCCAGCAUCCUGUGGUCCUGUGAUUUUGACCAACCCUAGGAAAGAGGAACAGCCCAUUUAUUGGAAAUGCCCCUCCUCCCCAUGCCUGUCUGUAGUGUCUUGGUCACACCCCCCCAAGGCCUCCCUGCCUGGGAGAGAUUCCAAGGGGAAUUCUAGGCAGCCCUUGAUAAUUGCUUUAUGAACUCUUUACCUUCUAUUUUAAAGAUGAGGAAACUGAGGCCCAGAGUUAUAAAUUGUUUGUCGAGAGGGGUCUCCAGCUGUGAGCUCUGGCCGAGGACAUGGGGGAGCCCCAGGCCAUGCAGCCGCCUGAUUCUGCAGCACAAGAUGUUGCCUGGGGGUAGUCUAGAAUGUUGGGAUGGAAAAGCUCUAAUGUACCAAAAGCACAGAAAUCGCCUAGUCCUCAUUCAUUGUUCAAAUGGAGAAGCUAAAGCCCAGAGAGGAGCUUCCCCAGGGUCACACAGCCAGUUACAGGCAAAGCUGGAUUUUCUAGUUCUCAGUCCUUGCCCAUCCCAUUCUGCCACAGACAGUGUAGCAAAGUACAGGACUGCUCACCUGCUAUGGGCUACCCCACCUGUGUGCUAAACUGUGCAAACCGUCUAAGAGGGCAUUAGGAAAGCAUUUGACCCUUAUUUGAGUGCUGCCUUGGGGGACUGUUGAUUUUGGUGUUUGAAGGGUUGGGGGGAAUUAUAAUGGGAGUUAGGUGGUGAGGGGUGGCAGAGCAUGGGAAGGGGAAUGCCCCAUCAGACCUGCCACCAACUCAGGCCAAUCACUUUACCUCUGGGAGCUUUGGGUCUUUACAUGUCUACAAUGGGAAAACCAGCCUCCGUCUCACAGGGUAGGCGUGAGAAUUAUGUAACACAAUAGAUAUGAAGGUGCUUGUAAACUGCCUAUGUGCUGUGGAGUGUCUGUAAGGCUGUGCUGUCAACCAGGGGUAGGACUGCAGUCCCAGCUAAGGCACGGCUCAAAGCAUCAGUUUUGCUCAAAAGAGGAGAAAUGAAAUGUGUUGUUAAAACACAGCACCACGCAGUAAAAUGUACAAUUCACAUUGA